UCUAGAACUCUACCACACUCUGUAGCCAAGAAUUUAGCAUGUCUUUAAACCGAUCCUGGACUGAGUAUAACAUUACAUUUCCAGGUUUAACUGACUUUUGACUACAAUUUAGAUUCAUGGCUACAAAUACUUCAGAAAAAGAAGAAAAAUUUAAAGUUAUGUUUGAUAUGGCAGUAGAGCUAAUAUCCACUGACAAAAACGCCUUCAUUUCUGAAAAAUCAGAUAAAAGGCAUUCAUCAGUUUCUUUAAUGCUGGACCAGAAGAUACCAAGAGAUUUACCUGCAAAGGACAUUUUGGAAGAACACGAUUAUAAAGCUGUGCAAGAAGAUGCCAACUUCUCCAGAAAACUGCAUUACCAUAGCUGUCACCAAAAAACAGUAGAAACAGGAGAGAUAAAUGUACUUCUUUCUCUCUCCUUUCCCAAAAAACUGUGGAAAAUAGUAGAAAGUGAUGAGUUCAAGUCUAUUAGUUGGAAUGAGAAUGGAGAUUGUGUCAUUAUAGAUGAAAUCUGCUUUCAGAGAGAAAUCUUAGACCGAAGAGGCAUCUUAAGGAUUUUUGAUACCGAUAGUAUGAAAAGCUUCAUUCGACAACUCAACCUCUACGGAUUCAGUAAAAUACGUAAAAAUAUCAUUUCACCUCAUUUUCAAGCAGAGAAAAACAGAACCAGAGCAAGAAUACUGUUGUACCACAAUCCAUAUUUUAGAAGAGGGUACCCCUUUCUCAUUCAGAGAAUGAAGAGAAGAGUUGGCAUCAAAAGUAACGAACAGCCAAAUCCCAUCAAUCCGAAUUUGAAGAGAAGAAAGCCAGCUGCCCCAAAGAAGUAUAUUUCCUUUCAAGAUUCAAUUCAACCAAAUGACCUGCAAAUGCCUUGUCUAAAAGAAACAAUGUGUAACAACCGACCAAAGAAGUCAAUAAAUGCAGGGAAUGGUAAAAUGAACCAUUCCUACCCAGUCUCUACCCCAUGGAUUUUGGAAAAUGUAACUGAAAACUCUAUACAAGAUAAUAUUUCUAGCCAAAGAAAUCCAUAUAUGGAUAGUAAUGCCACCGGCUCAACUUGUCCAGAUUUUCUCCUGACUCCAGAAAUAGGGCUUGAACCCUCAACAGGACUCCAUCAUUUACCUUCAACUUACCAGGACUUUGUAUUCAUGAAUGCUCAGUUUACUACUUUAAUGUCCUUUUGGAACCCCUGGUUUUCAAUGUUGAUGGCAGCAGCUUCAACUAUUCCUUUGACAGAAACUCUCAACCAACAAUUUACUUCUCCAGGUCAGCCUUGUUCUUUAUGCAACUGCCAUGGUAACACUGAGCCUUCUGCCAGCUAUGCUUCUGCAAAUGCAAAUUCUUCAGAUCUCUUGUGACUGACAAAUUACAGUUUAUAAUGGCUGAAGCAGAUCAUGUCUUUUAAAAAUAAUAUACAAUUAAACUGGUUAAA